AUGGCUCCGACUCCAGUCACCAUCAUAACCGGCUUCCUGGGAGCAGGAAAGACGACGUUAAUAUUGAAUUUAAUUCCACAGUUGCCCAAGAGCUACAAGCUCGCCCUCCUCAAGAACGAAUUUGGAGACGUUGCUGUCGACUCACAACUUGCAGGCUCGGCCUCGAUAUCAGGCGUGAGAGAGCUUCUCAACGGCUGCAUCUGUUGCAACCUAGUUGGUCAACUCAGUGAAGCCCUGUUCCAACUUCGAGACACAGUGAAUCCGAGUAGGAUCAUUAUCGAAACUUCUGGCUCGGCGUUUCCGGCGACUCUUGCAAUGGAAGUCAACAGAGUGGCACGAGAGAACCCGGGGACAUUUUCCUUGGACGGGGUCAUCAGCGUGAUCGAUGUUGAAAACUGGAAGGGUUACGACGACACCAGCUACACAGCCAAAAUGCAAGCAAAGUACACCGACUUGAUAGUGUUCAACAAAUGGGAGCAUGUUGACGAACGGAGGUUCGAUGAAGCCCUUGACCGUGUGGGUGAUCUCGACGUACAGGUUGCCUGGGUGAAAAGCGACAAAGGCUGGGUCGACGUGGAAUUAAUUAUGGGGAUUGAUGGCGCCAUGGUGCGGGCACAGGGUCUACGCGGGGCUAUCGAGAUCAAUGAAGAAUCCGACCAUGACCAUAGCGAUGAUCAUGGACACUCGCACGGUCAUCAUCAAGAAGAGGUCGAGGUGCUCAGCGUGGUCCUGCACAAUAAAGACACGUCGAAGCCUCCUCAAGGGGUGGUGCUGGAAUCUUUUGAAGAUUUGCUACUGUCAGCGCCCAAAGACGAGGUCUAUCGCAUCAAAGGUCUGGUCUUAUCAUCCAAGCCACCUCCAGAUUCUGCCGGAGAGAGAAAACCAGGCAUUUCAGUUGAUUCCGAAGGUCAAAGCCUCUACGUAUUGAACUGGGCUUUUGGACGUUGGACAUACACGCCUCUGCCCGGGUCGGCGUUCAAGGCAACGGAAUCUGCAAGUGCAAGGCUCACAUUCAUACUGGCCAGGGGAGAGUCUACGAGGUGGAUACGAAGGCUUGAGAAGGGAGAUUUCAUCGCUCUUGAGGGUGAGAAUGGAAAGGAGGAGAACGGAGUACUGAAAAUUGAGAAGAUUGCCUGA